AUAUAUAUAUCAUGGAUGGUAAGGGAACAGUGUGUGUGACUGGAGCCGCUGGUUACGUUGGUUCAUGGCUUGUCAUGAGACUCCUCGAGUGUGGUUAUACUGUCAAGGCCACCGUCCGGGAUCCUAACAACAAGGAGAAGGUAAAGCACCUGGUUGACCUUCCAGGUGCCAAAACCAGGCUGAGUUUAUGGAAAGCAGACCUUGUUGAUGAAGGGAGCUUUGAUGAAGCCAUUGAUGGAUGCAUUGCUGUCUUCCACAAUGCCACCCCCAUGGACUUUCUCUCUAAAGACCCUGAGAAUGAGGUGAUAAAGCCAACUAUUGAUGGAGUACUGAAUAUAAUGAGAUCUUGCUUGAAGGCAAAGAGUCUUCAGAAGAUGGUAUUCACUUCGUCGGCAGGUGCUGUGACAAUGCAAGAACAUCUCAAGCCUGUGUAUGAUGAGGAUUGCUGGACCGACGUAGAUUUCUGUAGGAAGAAAAAGAUGACAGCUUGGAUGUAUUUUGUUUCCAAGACUUUGGCCGAAAAGGCUGCAAUCGAAUUUGCAGAGCAGAAUGGCCUGAAUCUCGUUAGCGUCAUACCGACUUUGGUAAAUGGACAGUUUAUCAUGAACUCAAUGCCGCCUAGCAUGCUCACUGCCCUUGCUUUGAUAACUAAAAAUGUACCACAUUACUCGAUCUUGAAUCCAAUACAGUUUGUGCACUUGGAUGAUCUGUGCCACGCCUUAAUCUUCUUAUUUGAGCAUCCUGAAGCAAAAGGAAGAUACAUCUGCUCUUCUCACGAUAUCACUCUUCCGGACCUUGCAAAGAUGUUGAGGGACAUAUAUCCAGAAUAUGACAUCCCCACAGAGUUUGAAGGCAUUGACAAAAUUCAUGACCUUGUUCGAUUCUCAUCGAAGAAGCUUUUGGACCUGGGGUUUGAGUACAAGUAUAGUCUGGAGGACAUGUAUAAGGGAGCAAUUCAUACAUGCAGAGCUAAGGGACUGAUUCCACUUGCAACAAAAGAUUGAUCAACUGCACACACAAAAAUGUUGGGGAAAACAGACUUCAAGCUUAAAAACAAUAAAAAAUUUGGGGGUCUGUUAAUUUCAUAAGUACCAGGGUUCAUUUCUCAGUGCAGAGUUUAAGUGAUGUUUGUGCAAAAAAAAAAGAUAUCACACUAGUGUGACAAUAAAGUCUUCGAGACUUCAAUAAGCACUCUUUAAAGUUCAUUUCACUUUUCUUAGUUCUCUCUAUUGGACUACCAUAUGAGCAUGUAAUGGAAAUACUGGUUCAGAAUUCAUGUAAUAACAAGUCUUGAAAUUUGGGUGUCAUUAGCGUAUAUUAAAGCACUGGUCAGUUGGUUCUGUUCCUCAAAUCCUAAAUCCUUAGUAACUGACACCUAAAACAAAAAGAUAUGCUAAAUGAACCAAUUAAUGAUCACAAAGAGAAAGCAAAUUACUCAAAUUACACCUAGACUGAAGAUGUUCAUCAAAGUCAAAGUUUAUUAUAUCAUUUCUUUGAAGAACAAACAAGUAAAUAGUUAAUGGACUUGAACCUCUAAAUCUUCUGUACAGUCCGGUCUAAGAAUAAGAAUACGUGCGCAUAUUCUUAGUACAUCUUCUUUCUUUUUCCAGAAUGGAAUAUGUUUAAUAAUAUUUUUGUCU